CUGCGGUGCGCGGCCGAGGCCGAGCGGGGCGGCGGUGCCGCCAUGGCGCCGCCCGUGGGGUACGCGCUGCUGUGCGGGCAGGCCGCGCUCCUGCUCGGGAACCUGCUGCUGCUGCACGGCCGCGGCCUCCCGGCCAACGACACCGAGCCGCGGGAGCUGCCGCCGGGGCCGCCCGCCGACGCCUGGGCUUACAGCGAUCCGCGGGCGCCGCUCGUCCUGUGCACUUACCUCCCCGAUGAGUUCGUGGAGUGCGAGGAGCCGGUGGAUCACGGCGGGAACGCCACGGCACAGCAGGAGCUGGGCCACGGCUGCGUGAAGUUCGGCGGCCAGGCCCACGGCGAGGUGGAUCACACGCGAGUGCAGUGCCGAGCGCUGGACGGCAUCGAGUGCGCCGAGCCGCGGAGCUUCCUGCGGGGCAGCCGGCCCUGCGUCAAGUACACGGGACACUACUUCAUCACCACUCUUCUCUACUCCUUCUUCCUGGGCUGCUUCGGAGUAGAUCGGUUCUGCCUGGGCCACACCGGCACCGCCGUGGGGAAGCUGCUGACCCUGGGGGGCCUGGGCAUCUGGUGGUUUGUGGAUCUGAUUCUGCUGAUCACCGGGGGGCUGAUGCCCAGUGAUGGCAGCAACUGGUGCACCGUUUACUGAGGAGGGGCAGGGCUGGCCCCAGCUGCAGCCCCUGGCUGCCUCUGCUCACUCCGAGCACCAGCCCAGGCUCUGCCUCCCUCAACGUGGACUUACAGAACUCAGGCUGCACAGCAGUCAACUCUUGAUAAUGACUCUGUACCAGCCUUGGACACAAAGUUGUUCAGGAUUUAUUUUGCUUGUUUAAAAUAAUCUGGCUUCCCACUGCAAACAGUGACAAAUUCAGAAAUCAGAGCUUGCAAAUAUAGGGAGUCAAACAAUAAAAUCUGGAAGAAGCUGA